GAGCCUUCGCAGUCGAUUCGCACCACCUCGCCUCGUUCGCUUUCCAUCGCGCUCAUGGCACCACAGCCACCGACGACUGGUGGUGCCGGUCUUUCGUCUUCGUCUCCUGCUGGCUCUGCUGCAAUGCUGUCUCCAAUCGAGGCUGCUGCGGCUCUGCUACCGCAGCGUAUCGUCCUCCACGCGAGCGGUUCCAAUGCCGGCUCGCCUGCCGCGACGCUGCUGCAAGCGUGGCUUCCCGCUGGUACCACACAAUAUUCGUUGCUCGAGCCGUUGACCCCGACGCCACUCUCGCUGCACAACCCUCCUUCCCUCGGCAAGAACAUUGCCGCAAUGGCUGCGACGAACAAUCUGAUUGCUUUGCUUGCUCGAGGAGCAGCAUCCAAUGCAUCGUCAUUGUCAGCAACUUCUUCUCCGACAAGAAUUGGAGCAAAAUCGCUCGCGCUGUUGGCCGGCACACCCGGAAUCAGUAGUGCUGGUAGUGCUGUUGCUGGACUCCGCUCGCCUCCAGCAGCGCAACAGCAGCUUGCUUCGUCGUCGUCGUCGUCGUCGACGCCAGUCACAUCGCCUGCACCCUCGCCCCAACGGGCCGGAGCAUCGCUAUUCUGCACAGUGUGCCGCAAAAAGUUUGGCUCGGAGGCAACUUACUCCACUCACAUGUCCUCCAAGCACCCAACUGGAGGCCCAGCUGCUGCCUCAUUGGCAUCCGCUGCUUCGCCCAAGGGAGGCAGAGUCCUGCAGAUGCCCUCACCGCCGUCGCCGUCGCCGGCAGGACCAACCACUCCGACAAAAGAAGCUCUGCGCUCGGCAUCCUCGUCAGCCGCGUCACCCGGCUCGCCAGCACCGACGAUACUCUCUCGUACAGCGCAGUCUCCCGCCACAGCGCCAUCAGACGAGCCCGCGUUGGGAGAAGCACUCCUCGAUCAGCGGAAAGGCCUCUCGCGGCUGAGCGCUGGCGACUUGGAGACCGCCGUUCGUCUGCUUCACUCUUCCAGCUUGGUAUUUGCGCAACGCGGUUGGAUUAGCGAUGCGGCGACCUGCAUUGGGGCUUUGUUGUCGUUACCUGUUACAACCUCGUUGCCGGAUUCGCGUUUCGCGUACUUGGUGCAGCUAGCACGUGCCUUUGCUCCUUGUGAUUUCCAGCUUGCGAGCUGUCUCUACCGCGGCGCAUUGCAACAGCUUGUUCCUGACGUGUUGAUAGAGCGCUUAUUGGCGAUCACUGCACAGAAUACCUCAUUAGAUCAAGUUCUCGAAGUGGCGGCAAGCGGUUACCAAGCCAUCGUCCCAUCUGCCUUGACUGGACUGGACGUGAACGCUGCCUUGGCCGAGAUUGGCUCCUUUUUAAGCCUCUGCGAAGUUCAUCCCGUUUCUGUGGCUAUAAUGCACAUGCAGUUAGCCGCAAGCAAGCUCGAACGCCGCUGGACUAAAGUUCACUCGACAGCAGCCGCCCUCGGCCAGAUUUACAAACUGAACGGAGGCGCCGCAGGAGGUGCCCGCUCAUCAGUCAGCCCGGUGGUCGACUGGCCCGUGAGAAGUCUUCAGCUCCAGCUGGUAGCUUUUGAAGCGUCAUUGGAUCAGCAGUGCCUUGCCAGUGCUGGCUUGUCGCUGCUGAACGCGCUGCUGCAGGCUGUUACGCUCCACGACUCGGUUGCGGCGCACGAUAUUGUUACUUCUCGAUCUGAAGCAUGGUUUGCGCGGCGUCCGAGUGCUCUCGUCAACCCAGACCAGCGCCUGGUCGACCAGCUGAGCGAGUGUCUGUCGUUCUUGCAUUUCCUCAUGGAACAGGCCGUCACCUCGUUCGGCUCGCUUGACUGCCUCACAUCCAGUUCCGUGCGGGACGAGGCGUCCGUGUUGACCACACGACUGGAGUGUGCCAUCGAUCAUGCCGUGGGCCUGAGCAACGAGCCGUAUGCUGAACAAUUUCGCGUGACCGUUCGACGCAACCAAGCCACUCCGACGGACAUUCUGAUCGUGCUAAGCAAUGCUAUAGCUGGCGGGGCCAUGUGAGCACCCCCAUCACUCAUGCGUUAUGACAUUCGUUAACAUUAAGCUCUUGUUCUUGCGAUGAUCUGUCGUCUUGCUCACUGUCAUCGUCAUCGCUGUCCACCACCAUCAUCAUCAUCAUCAUCAUUGUCAUCAUCAUCAUCAUCAUUGUCA